CUCGAUAUAUUGUUUGCGACCCUGCAGUCAGAUAACCAUUGUUUAAACUGCUCGGUCGGCGUUAGGUAUCUGCCGUCAAACACAUUUGGUGGUAUUUAAUCCAUGUUGCUGAAGUCAUUUCUUUUCGUUUUCACUUAUUUUUGUACUCGGAUUUUUUAAAUCGUUAUGUUCAAGCUUUGACGUUACAUUGCUAGCUUUGAAACAGCUGGCCAGUUAUGUUUUCUCUGAGACUUCCUGGAGGAUAGGCGAUCCUGGUUCACCGGGGACCCACCAUCUUAAGCAGCCCGAAGUUACAUUUAUCUGCCUAAAUCAAGAAGCUUGUUUCUGCCCUCAGUCUUUCUCUGUGGCUGUGUCAGCUAUGGAGACCACUCGGGUAACGGUGGCUGUCGGAGGAGAAACAUCCCCAGGGGAGGUGAUUGCAGUUGUUGGUAGCUGUGAAUCCCUGGGAGGCUGGAGCCAUGAAAAAGCAGUGAUCUUACAUCCUCAUGGGAAUGAUGGAAAUACGUGGACCACAACAAUCACUGUGCCUAAAGGAGUUGUCACCAAGUACCGCUAUUUCAAAGGCUUCUUCCUUGAGUCAAAGAUUGAACAGAUGGUGGCUGACUGCCCCAGCGGGAGAUUGAGUGCAGGUGGUCCCUAUCAAGUGAUAGUCAAAAUGUGGGAGACCCAUCAACACCCACGCACGAUGAGCCCCACAGGAUCCCACCAGAAUAUUGACGAUGGACAGUUUGGAAUUCACAAUGGGGUGAAUUGUGUGGACUCUGGCUGGCUCACCUGCCAGACCGAGAUUCGCCUGCGCCUGCACUAUUCUAAGACGUCUCCGGUGUCAAUCACUAAGAAGAAAUUCAAGAAGUCACGCUUUAGAAUCAAGCUGACAUUAGAGGGGUUUGAGGAGGAGGAAGAAGAUGAGGAGGAAGACAAGCUUAGUCCUGCAUAUUUGCUCAAGGAGACCACCACUCUUGAGAUCAGCAUGAUCAGUGCCAACGGCUAUAAGUCACGCCACUCGCAGCCUGAAUGUGGGUAUGCACUGGAGCCCUCCCAGUGGACUGAGUACAGCAUCCACACCCUGGACCCGUACAACCUGGAGCUCACCUUUGAGUUCUUUGAGGAGGAUAUGGGUGAGCAUGUAGUCCAGGGAGAUGCACAUCCAGGAUUUGCGGGGACAGCUUGCCUCCUCUCUUCGUCUUUUGCGGAGAGCGGCAAGGACUUCGGAGUAGCCACACUUCCCAUAAUGGGGCGAAAUUCCAGACAGACAAUCGGGAAAGUCAGAGUGGACUACCUGGUGAUGCGGCCUAUCCAGGGUUUGCAGUGUGACAUGAGCUCUUCCUUCACCAAGUACUGGAAGAAAAGAAGUACUCUGGAUGUGGGUCACAGAGGAGCUGGCAGCACACACGCAGCCAAGCACCACAGAGUCAGGGAGAACACCAUAGCCUCAUUCAAAAGCGCUGCCCAGCAUGGCGCAGCCUACGUAGAGUUUGAUGUUCACCUCUCCAAAGAUUCUGUUCCCAUUGUAUACCAUGAUCUGACGUGCUGCAUAUCCACCAAGAAGAAAAAUGACAAGACUUCUCUGGAGCUUAUUGAGGUGCCAGUCAAAGACUUGACCUAUGAUCAGCUGCAGCUUCUGAAGCUGGCCCAUGCCACCGCAAUAAAAGAAAACGAUGACAAAGAUUUGCUGGAUGAUGAAGAAGAGGUUGAUGAGCAUCAGCCAUUCCCUUCACUCACACAGAUCUUCCAAGCUAUUCCUGAGCAUGUGGGCUUCAACAUUGAGCUUAAAUGGAUUUCCCAGAUGAAGGACGGGUCAUGGGAUGGCAACCUAUCAUCCUACUUCAACAUGAAUACCUACCUGGACAUCAUCCUGUCCUGUGUCCUGCAAAGAGGCGGGAAAAGACGUAUUGUCUUCUCCUGCUUUGACCCAGAUAUCUGCACCAUGGUGCGUCAAAAGCAGAACAAGUACCCCAUCCUCUUUCUGACUCAGGGAAUUUCCAACAAGUAUCCUGAACUAAUGGACAUCCGCUGCCAGACCACUCAGAUCGCCAUAAGUUUCGCCCAGAGUGAGAAUAUUAUGGGGAUCAGUGCCCACACUGAGGAGCUGCUGAAGAACCUUUCCUACAUUGGGGAUGCCCAGUCUAAAGGCCUGGUGGUGUUCAGCUGGGGGGAGGACAACAACGAGCACGAGACCAGGAGGAAGCUGAGGGAGCAGGGAAUCGAUGGCCUCAUCUACGAUAGAAUUUGUGAAUGCUUGGUGCCAUAUUUUGACUCAAGUUCUCCAGAUUCCACAUAUGUGAGGAGAAAGGGGAGCAGCCAAACAUCUUUCAGGUAGAGGAGCAACACACCCUUCAGGAGGUCAUAACAGACGAGACACGCAAUAGCGCCACCUGUUCCUGCUACUCCAUCCCCUGCUCCGUGGCUCCCUGCGUUUCCUCCAAGAUUCGUUCUGGCAGCGGAGAGUCUGAUUCCGGCCUCAGCUCCUCUUAAAGGAGGUCUUAAUGGACCAAUUUGGGAACGAAUCAGCAAAUGAAACACCACAUUAUGUCUAUUGUCUUGCAUCUCCACAAAUUGAGACAUUAAGGCAGCCAGGUUUUUAGUGUUUUCAGGCCGAGGUCUUCAUAAUAGUGGAACAAUGCCAAAUCUUACAUGACAGUGGCUAUUUAUUUAGCUAAUGUUGCAUCACUUCACUGUCUAAGUGCCCAAAUUUUGAUUCUUUAGACAUUUUUUUACGGGUCUAACAGAGCUGCAAAUUCAAGGCAUAAACUUUACAAAGAUGAAGCCGAAUGCUAUUUUCUGUUUCUGCUGUGCAUGUGGCCCUAACUUUAAAUGUAUUGUUUUUAUUGUGUCGCUUAGCAAUGAGUAUUAGCUACUGAUUGCUAUUUCAGGUUUAUCACAGAAAUCAUUUGGGAGUUACAGAUUGCCAAUAAUGCGCACAGAUUGUCUACUGCAAGUACAAGAGAUCUGAUUCCUUUAUUUCCUUUUGAACGGACUGUCUAAAGCACUUACUCCUCCUUUCCACAGUUAUUGUCUGUAAAAAAAACUCAUAGCUAUUAUUGUAAGUGACAUUAUGGAUGCACUAUAUCCUUAAGUCUUUCUAUAUACUUGAUUAGAGGAUAAACAGAUGAAUGUUUUAUUUGACAGUGCACACACACAGCCUUAAGGGGAGGGAGGGGGAGAUCAGGUCUGUUUGUGUUUUUUUAAAACCGCCAAUACCUCACUCCUCAUCUACUAGAAUAGACUUGAGUUAAGAUGUUUGUACAGAAUGAACAAAUACUCCCUUUAUAUUCUUCUUAUAAAUAAUACUUAACUUCAAAACACCCAGGCUUGUUAUUGCAUGGAAGAUACUUUUUUGGGGUACAAACUACGCUUGAAGUAUUUUGUCAUUUGCAUAUUGAUAUGGUGUUAUAAUAUAUCUCAAUGAUAAUGCAGCAUUUUGAUCACAGCAAAACAGAUCCAUUUACUGUCUGUAUAUCGUCAUGCUGUCUGUAUAUGGGCACAAUCUCUUAACUACAUACAGUAAUGAUUGAGUUGCGCAUGUAUAUCUGUAUGAAUCAAUGAGUCUAGUGUGUAAUAACUGUCAUUUCAAGGCACAAGGGGGUAAAGGGUAAUGUAAAUAAAAUUAAACCUAUAUUUGUUUA